AGACUUCCUCUCCCAAAUAUUGCACCUUAUGAGUGUUGUAUCUUGUGCCAGCUUUAAAAUUCUCAACAGUGAGAACUAGAACGCACGCACACAUAUAUAUAGACACACACACAAAUCUUCAAGGUAGAGAGAGAGAGAGACUGGUUUUGCUUAAUCUCUGGAAAUCAAGAGAAAGAGAGAGAGAGAGGCUUCUCUUGCUUGAUCUGUGUAAGUCAGAUUGAGGAUGUGGAAAUUGAAGAUUGCCGAAGGUGAUGGAGCAUGGCUCACCACCACCAACAACCACGUUGGAAGACAGUACUGGGAAUUCGAUCCCGAAGCCGGAACACCUCAACAACGAGCGGAGGUUGAGAGGGCUCGUCACGACUUCAACAAGAACAGAUUUCGAAUCAAACAAAGCGCUGAUUUAUUAAUGAGAAUGCAACUUACAAUGGAGAACCCAUGUGGGCCCAUUCCAGAAGCAAUAAAAUUGAGAGAAACGGAGGUUAUAACAGAGGAAGCUGUGACAACUACACUGAAGAGGGCUAUCAGCUACUAUUCAACCAUCCAGGCCCAUGAUGGCCACUGGCCUGCUGAAUCUGCUGGCCCUUUGUUUUUUCUACCUCCUCUGGUCAUAGCUUUGUAUGUCACAGGAGCUCUAAAUGCUAUUCUAUCACCAGAACACCAGAAGGAGAUCAUUCGCUACCUAUACAAUCAUCAGAACGAGGAUGGAGGUUGGGGCAUACACAUAGAGGGACACAGCAGCAUAUUUGGUUCAUCCCUUAGCUACAUUACAUUGAGGCUACUUGGAGAAGGACUAGAAGAUGGUGAGGACAGGGCCAUGGCUAGAGCACGCAAAUGGAUCCUUGACCAUGGCGGUGCAGUGGGAAUUCCAUCUUGGGGAAAGUUUUGGCUUACGGUACUUGGAGUGUAUGAAUGGGAAGGCUGCAACCCUAUGCCUCCAGAGUUCUGGCUGCUACCAACAAUCUCUCCCAUUCAUCCAGGCAAAAUGUUGUGCUAUUGUCGCUUGGUGUACAUGCCUAUGUCGUAUUUAUAUGGAAAGAGGUUUGUUGGCAAGAUCACCGGAUUAGUCAAAUCUCUAAGACAAGAACUCUAUACUGAACCUUACCAUGAGAUAAAUUGGAAUAAAGCUCGAAACACAUGUGCAAAGGAGGAUCUCUACUACCCACAUCCUCUGGUACAAGAUAUGCUAUGGGGAUUUCUUCAACAUUUUGCUGAACCUAUUCUGACGCGUUGGCCUUUUUCUAAAUUAAGAGAGAAGGCUCUGAAACUUGCAAUGGAACAUGUACAUUAUGAGGACAAGAAUAGUAGAUACCUUUGCAUUGGAUGUGUAGAAAAGGUGUUAUGUCUAAUUGCCUGCUGGGUGGAAGAUCCAAAUUCAGAAGCAUACAAGCGCCAUCUAGCCCGAAUUCCUGAUUAUUUUUGGCUAGCAGAGGAUGGCCUGAAAAUGCAGAGCUUUGGCUGUCAGAUGUGGGAUACAGCUUUUGCUGUUCAAGCAAUUAUCUCAAGUAAACUUACUGAAGAGUAUGGACCUACACUUAGGAAAGCACACGACUUUGUAAAGGCGUCACAGGUUCGCGACAACCCUUCUGACAACUUCACUAAAAUGUAUCGACACAUUUCUAAAGGGGCAUGGACAUUCUCAAUGCAAGACCAUGGCUGGCAAGUCUCAGAUUGCACAGCAGAAGGGCUAAAGGCUUCACUUCUUUUCUCACAAAUGCCACCAGAACUCGUUGGGGAAAAAAUACAAACAGAGUGUUUAUAUGACGCCGUGAAUGUCAUUCUUUCCCUGCAAAGUAGCAAUGGUGGUUUUCCAGCUUGGGAACCCCAAAGAGCGUUUCGCUGGUUAGAGAAGUUCAACCCCACAGAGUUUUUUGAGGAUGUUCUCAUUGAGAGAGAGUAUGUGGAAUGCACUGCAUCAGCAAUUCAGGGCUUGGCACUCUUCAAAAAGUUGCACCCUGGACACCGAACAAAGGAAAUAGAAAGCUGCAUUUCAAGAGCUAUACAAUAUAUAGAAGAGACACAAAAUCCAGAUGGUUCAUGGUAUGGUUGUUGGGGAAUUUGCUACACUUAUGGUACAUGGUUUGCAGUGGAGGGGCUUGCAGCUUGUGGGAAGAACUACCAUAACAGUCCCACGCUGCGUAAGACAUGUCAAUUCUUGCUAUCAAAGCAGCUACCAGAUGGUGGAUGGGGAGAGAGUUAUCUUUCAAGCUCAAACAAGGUGUAUACAAAUCUAGAAGGCAACAGGUCAACUUUGGUACAGACAGCAUGGGCUCUAUUAUCCCUCAUAGAUGCUGGACAGGCUGAGAUUGAUCCAACACCCAUAGAUCGCGGAAUGAGGCUACUGAUUAAUUCACAAAUGGAAGACGGGGAUUUUCCUCAACAGUGUUGGCUGCAGGAAAUAACUGGAGUGUUCAUGAAGAACUGUACUCUGAAUUACUCAUCCUACAGAAAUAUAUUCCCUAUAUGGGCUCUUGGUGAAUAUCGGCGUCGCGUAUACGCAUGAAGCUCUAAAUGUCAAGGCCGAAGGCUAGGGACAACCACUUAAAGAAUAAACCUUCAAAGAGGAGGGCUAUACCCAUAUGCAACUGUUAUCUGUGUGAUGUAUGCAGAUUGCAGACACUACUAUGUUACAUAUUAUAUAUGUGUGUGUGUGUGUGCUUGAAUAUAUAUGCCGUUAGCAACUUGUAAAACAGUUCAUAAGCUUUUUCCCAGUGUCUUGUUCAACAUUUCUCUCCAUUAGUGUUUGAAGUAUGAGAGGGCAUAGAAACCAAAACUACAUGUACGUAAUGUAUUAUUUGAAUCAAAGUAUAAUAUAUCCCUAGGAAAA